AUGUUCUCCUGCCUCGACACCUCAAUCGUCUCAACCUCUCUCUACAGAAUAGCAGGCGAUUUCCAAAACACGCGAGACAUCUCCUGGAUCAUCCUCUCGUAUCUCCUGACGUACAUGUCCUUUGCCGUGGGGUUCUCCAAGCUAUCCGACAUUUACGGCCGCAAAGCAAUUAUGCUGGCGGCAUGGCUGUUGUUUACUCUCGGGUCGAUCUGGUGCGGUUGGGCGGGUUCAAUGACGCAGUUGAUUGCGGGGAGGGCGGUUCAGGGAGUGGGAGGGUCGGGGCUGUACUCACUGGCGCAGGUUUGUCUUGUUGAGCAAGGACCGGCGAGGCCGGAGGUGGUGGGGGGGUUGGUGGGGAUCACGUUGAGCGUGAGUUUUGUGCUUGGGCCGGUGAUGGGAGGGGGGAUAAGUGAUGGGUGGUGGUGGAGGGGGGUUUUUUGGGUCAAUAUACCGGUUGGGGUCUUGGCCAUGGUGGGAAUCUUGACUCUGUGGCCGUGGGAGAGGAUGGCGUUUGGGAGGAGGGAGGAGGAGUAUCAACACCAGGGGGCCAAGAUGGGGGGGUUCUGGCACAAGAUCGCCAGGGUGGACUUUAUUGGGAACACGCUGUUGGCGCUGGCGUCGAUAUUGCUGGUAUUUGCGCUGCAGGAGGCGGGGAGGUAUGUCUGGCGGUGGGAUAGCCCGGUCAUAAUAUGGUCGUUGGCUAUUUCGGUGGUGAGUUUUGUGUUGUUUGGAGUGUGGGAGUGGUAUUUGUAUCGAGGGGGAGAAAGCGGGAAGGUGAGGAUUGAGGGGAUAUUUCCGGUUGGGUUGGUCAAGGGGAGGGUUUAUGCUUGUGUUUUGGUCAACACGUUACUAUCCGGGUUCGUCUACAUCGCCCUCGUGAUUAACAUCCCCGAGAGGCUUCAGGUUGCAUAUUUUGACUCUCCGCUCUGGGCGGGGGUUCAUUUGUUGCCUAUGCUUGGAUGUUGCGCCUUUGGAAGUUUUCUUGGGGGGUUAGUUUCCAAGAAAAGGGACCUCACCUCUCAUACAUUAAUCAUCGGCAGCUUAGUCCAAGUUCUUGGACUGGGACUAACAGUCGGGUUUGACUCCCGCGCUGGAAACAAACUUCCCCUAGGGCAAUUAUUGGGGUUUACGGCUGUGUAUGGACUAGGAGUUGGCCUGUCUUUUGCCAGCGCUACCAUCAUCGCUGCUGUGGAGGCAAGAAACGAGGAUUUGGCUGCUGCGCAGGGGGCCGUGGCGCAGGCGAGGGUGUUUGGAGGCGCGCUGGGGUUGGCGGUAGGGGGGAUAUUGAUGAAUCAACGCCUUAAGGGGGAGUUGAGCGGGGUGCUGAAGGGGAAGGGGUUGGAGGAGGUGCAUAAGAGUUUGUAUGGGAUUUUGAGGCUGGGGGUCGAUGAUAGGAACAGGGUGGUGGAGGUUUAUGUGGGCGGUUUUGGGAAGAUGAUGUGGGUGUUUUUGGGGGUGGCGGUUGUAUCAGCUGUUGUUGCUUGUGGGACUUGGAGAGGGAAGGGAGGAGAGAAGACGGUGGUGGAGGUUAUGGAAGGGCAUCAGGUUGGCAUUGGAGGUGGUGGGAGGAAAGAGAGAGAGAUGGAAUUGGAGAGUGCGAGCAGUGUCAAAAGUUUGAUGGGGUGA